ACUGCUAGCAUAAAACAUCAACAACUCCGGCCAACUUUCGACCGAAAAACUGACUUAAUAGGCCGAAAUAAACGCAAAACAAUGUGAAAACCUAAACAAAGUUACCGCAGAAUAAUACAAAAGUGAAAAUAAUCUAAGGCAAAGGCCAGGAAAAGCGCCUUGCGAAUCGAGAACGAACGUGUUUGGUUGGCCAGUCUUCGCUGCUUGUUUUUUCUUCAUCUUUUUCGCCACCAAAAAACCAGGCUAACUGUGAUUUUCCGCGGGGUAGGGGGUUCCAGCCAAGAAGGAAACCCGUCGAAAGGAGCGCCCACUUUUGGCAGCAACUUUAAGAUCAACUCCCCUUCAAAUCCAGAAGUGAAAAGGCAACAACAACAAAAAAACAGAUAAAAGGAAAAACUAAAAUAAAACGGGGGCGUCUAUCGCUUGCGCGUGUAUUGGUGGUACGUGCACGUGUGUUUGUGUGCGUGUUAGCCAGAACAAGUUGUGCGCGUGUGUGUGAGUGUGCGAGGGGUUUUUUGAUGUCUGCGCUGCUUUUUUUCCCAGCCGAGGUGAGCACACAGGUGAAUUAUCGGUGCAUUCGGCUGCCUUGGCAACAGUUCCACAACAACAACAACACCGCAACAACCUUUAACCCAUUAAAAUAAUAUAUACCAGCAAUACCCACCACCUACAACCACUAAACACACACAUAUAUAAGCCCAAAACAAAACCGAAUCGAAAAUGCUGCGUUUUCUAAGCCGUCGCAAGGUGCGCAACAACUAUGUGGAUAAUUCCCGCGGGGGCGGCGGCGGACCGGGCGGUUCAGCGGUGGGCGUGGCUGGGGGUGGUGCCGCCACCGCCGGUGGCUCGCAGAUUAAGCCGCAACGCAUCGUGGUCAACAAGAACAAGAUCGACUGCCGCGUCAUUCUGCUGGACAACACUGACCUUUCCAUCGAAUUAUCGAAAAAAGCGCUGGGCAGCUUCCUGUACGAGCAGGUCUUCUAUGCCUUGGACAUCAUCGAAAAGGACUACUUUGGACUACAGUUCAUGGAUGCCAACCACGUCAAGCACUGGCUGGAUCCCACGAAGCCCAUCAAGAAGCAGGUCAAAAUUGGACCGCCCUACACGUUCCGUUUGAAGGUGAAGUUCUAUUCUUCGGAACCGAAUACACUCCGCGAAGAACUCACCCGCUACCUGUUCUUUUUGCAACUGAAACAAGAUCUGCUCGAGGGUCGUCUCGACUGUCCGGAUGACAAGUCCACCGAACUCUGCGCUUUGGCUUUGCAAUCUGAGCUGGGCGACUACGAUAACCAGGAGCAUUCGGCGGCCACCGUCUCGGAGUUCCGAUUCGUGCCCGAACAAACGGAGGACCUGGAGAUAGCCAUAUUGGACGAGUACAAGACGUGCCGAGGUCUCACUCCCGCCCAAGCUGAGACCGCAUUCCUGAACAAGGCCAAGUGGCUUGACAUGUACGGUGUUGACAUGCACACGGUGCUGGGAAAGGAUGGCUGCGAGUACCAUCUUGGCCUAACGCCAACUGGCAUACUCGUCUUCGAGCGAGAUCAGAAGAUCGGCCUGUUCUUUUGGCCCAAGAUCAGCAAGCUGGAUUUCAAGAAAAAGAAGCUGACACUCAUUGUAAUCGAGGAUGACGACGAGGGCAGGGAGCAGGAGCACACGUUUGUCUUCCGGCUGUACAACGAGAAGGCCUGCAAGCACCUGUGGAAGUGCGCCGUGGAGCACCACACCUUCUUCCGGUUAAGGGCGCCCGUGAAGGGUCCCUCCGCCCGUCAGAACUUUUUCCGCAUGGGCUCCCGGUUCCGGUAUUCCGGUCGCACCGAGUUCCAGACCACCCAGCAGAGUCGGGCCAGGAGAACCGUGCAAUUCGAGAGGCGACCUUCACAACGAUUUGCCAGCCGGCAGUCUCACCUGUUGCGCGAACGACAAAAGGCUUCCCAGGAGUCGGCGGCCUCUGCUGUGGCCUCAGUUAAUGCUCGAGCUGCUGCUGCGGCGGCAGCUGCUGCCGCAUCCCAACCGGCUGUCCCAGUGACUCCUUUAGUAUCUUCCCACCUUUCCACCCCAACUUCAAGCAACGAUAACAAUAACGAUGCCUUCGACUCGCUCAUUUCCACGGAUCAGUUCAUCACUGUAACGCCCUCGCCAUCGGUGCUCACUGUCAUCCAAAACUCGGCCAUUAUUGAACCGGAUGCGGCCUGCAGCGGUUCCAUCAGUUCCUCCUCCCAGGCGGCAGCCAACUUCGCUUCGCUGGGCCGCAACUCCCUCAAGUCCAACUUCAGCAACGAGGAUCCGGCAUACAGCAAGAUUGGAUCGAUUGGCAAGGCCGCGGGUCUGACUGUGAAAUUGGAUCCAGACUACACGCCACCGUACUCACCGAAUGCCACCAAGAACUUCGAUGAGACCAAUCCGUUUAGAAAUGCCUCCGCCUCCCAUCACGGCAGCUUUGGCAAGGCUUCCAUUAGCUCCGGCCAGCUCAGUGUUAAGAGCGGCUUGUCGGAUAAAGAUAGAGAGCUAGACUCAUUGCUUAAGUCCAUUGUCAAAGAUCCAUCCCCAUCAGUGCUAGCAAACGAAGCCAUUAAUGAUGCUAACAGUAUCAGGGUGACCAUUAACAAGACCUUCGACAUGGACCACAACACGGAGACACUGAAGCGCCUCUCGAACGCCAACGAGAAGCCCAACAACCAAGUGAAGCUGGCCAAUGUAAGCACCACGGCUCUGCCGCCUGGCAACAUCAAAUGCAAUAUACUGAAGGCUCGCGUUGAGGAGGAACUGGGCGCCGGCGGCAACGCCAAGCUCACCAAUCAGAUGUUUGUGCCGGCCGCCCACAGCAGCAACAUGCACACGAGCAACACGAACAGCAGCAACACCAACAGCACCAGCAUCAGCAGCUCCAGCAACAACCAUGCACACGGCGAUGGACCGGAUUCGCUGAACGCCACCUACAUAUCAGUGGGAGGCGAUAAGCUGACGCUCAGCAUACCGGAACAGAAGCCAUCGACGGGCAGUAGCAGCAGUUCGAGCACCUCGAGCACCACCGCCGCCGCCGCCAACGGGAGUGCACCCUUCAGCAACGCCACCUUUGUGUCCGGAUUCAGUGCACCACUCACUCCGCCGUCGUCGCUGCCGGCGAAUCUGAAUAACACGGGCAGCGGUGGCAAUACCACCCUCACCAGCGUGACCAGCACCACCAGCACCACCGCCACGGAGUCGAUGGCUCCCGCCUUGAGCAACGCUUCGGCCGCCGAAAUACUCAUUAAUGAAAUAUUCAUUAACAACAUCAUAAACAACAAUGCCAGCGGCGGCAUCACCGCCGAAACGGCUGCUAAGCCGGCGGGCAGCUCAACGCCCAGUGCCGGCACCUUGCUCUUCUCCACGCUCAAUGAGCAGGAGCGCCUGGAAUCGCAGAAAACCAACCAGCAGAUGAAUCAGAAUUUGAAUCUGAAUCAUGGCCGCAGCGAAGUCGAUGCGCCGCCGAGUGAAAAGAAAACCCCGAGCAAUUACCCGGACAACAGCCGCAUUCCUUUUCCGUCCAGCAGCAGCAACGGCAACGACAUGGUAUCGCCCUGGCUGGUUUCUUCGGAGGUGGUAUCGGCCCCUAAGGGACGCGAGCCGACCAUCAUUCGCAAAUCCGUUAUUACAACCCAGUUGUAAUUAUUGUUUAACUGUAACCCCUUCUUCGAGUAUAAGCUAAAUGUUCGUAUUUAUAAUCGGUAGCUAUGGAAAUCUAGGCAGACGUUACGUAUUCGUAUUUUAUCGUAGACAAACUUAGACAAGUUUUAAGCAUUCCAAGCGAGAGCAACGACAAAAAGACAAUGAGAGAGCAGGUCCAAUCAAAAGUAAACUGUCCAUAAAUGUGCCUUAAUGAUCUAUAUUUAUAUACUUUACAUAUAUCAUAUACACCGAUCGAUACGAUAUCGAGGAACAAAAUGUGCUAAACCGUGUACUUAAUAAAGUAUUCAUCCGCCUAAAUGUAA